GAAUGAUAAGCCCACCUCCAGCCCCUUCUCACACGACCUCGACGUUAUCUACUACCUUGUUUCUCUUUCUGCUGAUUUGAUUAAUUGAUUGUUGCGCACAUGCAGUCCAUCAAACUUGGCUGCCCCCAUUUCGGCUCUUAACUUAAACAUCGCAUGUCAACUUAUAUAUCAGCACAUAUCCACUCAUCGCGACCACUACAUCACUGUCCUUUCUAACUCCACUGCCUUCUUGGUGGCGAUAUGCCGACCAUCUCACUACGACUAUCAGGACGAUCAAGAUAUCAUCAAACCGAUACAUCGCCUCAAAUACAACCACCUUUUUACACACCUUGAGUCGUUCGCUAAAGCACUGUGACCCUGACGAACCCCACGAACCAGCGUCCUCCGCCGACAAACCGCUUACUUACAACAUAUACCUCCCACUCACCUCCCACAUCCGCAUACGCCUACGCUUACAACUCCGACAACAAUCCCCAGCGGAGGGCCAGCUCCAGUCAUCCCACAGUUCGGGAUCGACCAAGCGUGAGCUCGGCCCGCGCACAGCGCGCAGGCUCAAGCGCAAGAAUGGCGCCUCACGAUGUCGAGCGCGGGAGCAUCAGCAAGAUGAAGGAGGAGUCGCUCGCCCCUGGGAGUUCUUUUAGUAUGCGCGAACCCGAGUACGGUGAUAUUUCCCCGCCUUCUUAUUGGGACCGGUUCGUCGAUGGGUUUAGGCGCGAUCAGAGAUCGAGUUUGUUCACGAAUGAUCCGUUGGGGCAGCAUGAGGGAUCCGGAAGGGUGCAUGAUGGAGCGCAUUACUACGAUAUCCAGAGUGCCAUGUUGAAGACGGCAAACUCAGGCCUUGCGAGAGAGUUGAAAGGAAGACAUUUGCAAAUGAUUGCAAUUGGAGGCUCCAUUGGUACUGGGCUUUUUGUCGCAUCGGGAAGAGCUUUGGCAGACGGAGGUCCAGCAUCGAUCUUGCUGGCUUUUACAAUCGUGGGUGCCAUGCUCUUUUGUACAUGUCAAGCGCUGGGUGAGCUUGCAGUCAUCUUCCCAAUUGCUGGAUCAUUCUCAUCGUGGGCGACUCGGUUCAUCGAUCCGUCUUGGGGAUUCGCAAUGGGGUGGAACUACGCGAUGCAAUGGCUCAUCGUGUUACCGCUCGAGAUCAUCGCCGCAUCACUAACCCUCUCUUACUGGGACGAGAGUCUUACACGCGCCAUUUUCGUCUCUGUGUUCCUAGUCGUCAUCAUAGUCAUCAAUAUGUUUGGCGUCAAAGGCUACGGUGAAGCCGAAUUCAUCUUUUCCAUCAUCAAGGUCAUUGCUGUUAUAGGCUUCAUCCUUCUCGGCAUCGUUCUCAACUGUGGCGGAACGCCAGAUAGCGGGUACAUUGGCGGCCGCUAUUGGCAAAACCCUGGUGCUUUUAACAACGGCUUUAAAGGAAUGUGCAAUGUGUUUGUUACAGCUGCUUUCUCUUUUGCUGGCACUGAGCUUAUUGGCCUUGCUGCCGCCGAAACAGCGAAUCCGCGAAAAUCGCUGCCAACGGCUUUGAAGCAGGUGUUCUGGAGGAUCACGCUUUUCUAUAUCGUUGCCUUGACAUUAGUAGGGCUCCUCGUUCCACAUACUGACCCUCGGCUCGUGGGCGGUAACAGCGAUGCGGAUGCAUCAGCCUCACCUUUUGUGAUAGCCAUCGAAGAAGCCGGCAUUCAGGUUUUACCAUCUGUCAUGAACGCGGUCAUCCUUACUGCCGUCCUGUCCGUCGGUAACUCUGCCGUCUUCGGUUCCUCGCGUACCCUUGCCGCUCUUGCAAACCUUCGGCAGGCUCCCAAGAUCGUCGGCUACGUCGACCGCAAAGGCCGACCACUCGUCGCUAUUGCGAUCGCAAGUGCGUUCGGCCUCAUUGCUUUCCUUGCAGAUCUGCCCGAACAAGGAGCUGUCCUUGACUGGCUCAUGGCCAUCUCAGGCUUAUCAACCAUCUUUACAUGGGGCUCUAUUUGCGUGUGUCAUAUCCGUUUUCGCCAUGCGUGGGCUGCCCGUGGCCGCUCUGUCUCCGAGUUACCCUUCCAAUCCCAGGUCGGCGUUGUGGGUUCUUGGGUUGGUAUCACACUGAACGUUCUUGUCAUCAUAGCGCAAUUCUGGGUCGGCGCCUUUCCCAUCGGCUGGCAAGAAUUAACAAGCGCCCAGGUCGCGCAGAAUUUCUUCCAUAAAUGGGUUGGCGCACCCUGCGUUUUGGCCUUUUAUAUAUUCCACAAGCUUUAUUUCCGGACUACAUUUGUGAGAAUACGAGAUAUGGACGUUGACACUGGACGUCGGGACUUUAACGUCCCUAUCCUUGUCGCCCAGGAACGAGAGGAACGAGAAGGAUGGCCCCGAUGGAAGAGAUAUUAUAAGUUCAUGUGCUGAGCCAUGAGAAUUAUGACGAAAUAAGAAGAGGCGUUGGAUAUAUAUAUAUAUAUCAUUGUGAAUUUGGUAAUUACCCAGGUUAGUAUGGAGUUGAACUGGAUGUGCUCAGAGCGCAGGAUUCGUUACUUAUGACCACCCACUAUACUACAUUCAUAUUUGCGCUUGUAAUGCUGUGUUUUUGCACAUCCGUUUCGAGCCAAUUCCGUACCGCUGCGAAGUUGUGCUGGCGUCACACAAUCAAUAACAAGCCACGGCAUCAAUUAAUAUCAAUCACUGAAAGACACUCGCAUACCGCGUAUGGUAAGUUUCAGAAAGUGUUAUAGCAAUGGUAUCUAAUUCGAGUCCCUCA